GAUCCCGCAGGGCGAGAAGGUGUCCGCGAAGACGGCCGCGAACAUCGCGGCGCUCUCCCUGGAAUCGUGCACCGAGAAGAAGCUGGCGCACCAUAGUUCGGUGGGGUCCAGGCCCUGGAGGCCGAAGUGCAUGCAGGGCAAGGAGGGCGCCGACGUGCAGCAGGAG